CCCUGUGUUCCACCACCCUGUUUGCGCUGCUCCUGUGUCGUCUGCUGCUGAGAUUGUUCCUUUCGUUAAAGGAAAGGAACAUAAACAAGAACUACCAUCAGCAGGAUGGCGCUAUCGUUGUGGAUUCUGGAUUAUCGAAGCUUUAGCAUAGUCUAGUUGUGAUGACCAUGCAAAUCGAACCGUGUUCCUACUGAUUUCAACUUCCAAAUUGCAACAUGUUUGCUUUCUUCAUGGUGUGUGACAUGAUAAGUGGCAGAAUGCAGGCACCGAUCCGAGCCUCCCUCUUCUAUGCAAUGACCAAAUGGAAUAGCUUGGAUUUGGGGUUGUAAGGGGAAGUGGAUCAACGAUGGGGUUAAAAUGGGCACCCUUGCAAUCAAGAAAUUUGUGUGUGUGUGUGUGGAAGCCCAAAUCAGGAAUACUUCUUCAUGAUAAUAGUAGGAUCGCAAAGGACCUCCGUAGAUAACAUUAGAGGAGCAUCUAUGAAGAGGAAAAAAAUGCUGCUUAAUUAGGAAGAAUGACCUGCCCAACUAGUAGUAGUCUUCAUGGGGGCAACGUUUGACUGUUGGUUCCACCAUCAUUUUCUUGCCAAAUUAUGAAUCACCUUCGCUUCUCAUGCUAUCCUAUUAUGAUGAAUGGCUUAUUGAACUUGGCAGAGAUUACAGAUGCCGUUCUACACAAUGCAUCUCAAAGUGGCACAUCUCGAUUUCCCAUAUUGAGUAUUAGAUAUGAAGGAAAUGGAGGAGGACGUCCUCGGAAAGACACAUCUCCUAAUAAGACUAGGAAAGAGGUUGAUAGGUUGAAGGACCCACCAACAUCAAAUGUUGAGUCAUCAAAUGCUGCUAGUCAGGAUGAGAUAAUCGCUUUGUUCAAAAGGAUACAGACUUCAAUCUCGAAAGGUAGACCAGCUACUCCGAGAAGGAGAAACCUCAAAAGUCAAAAGGAGAAGAAAACUGGUGAACCAAUUCCAAAGGAUUUCAAACAGGAACAAGUAAGAGAAGUUGCAAGACCAGUCUCAAAAUUUGUGAAGAAGUCACCUAUCCCAUCACCUUCAUUGGUACAAGAUGAUAAGGAGGUAGCUGAGGAACAACUGCAAUCAGUAAUGAGUAACAAAGUGGCCGACAAACAACAGCAGCAGGCACUAACUACAGAUAGAGAAUCCAAUGUGCAGAAUCUAGAUGAAUUGAAGCUCCCCGAGUUGAAAGAACUUGCAAAAAGGAGGGGAAUAAAAGGUUACUCAAAGCUGAAGAAAGGAGAAGUGUUACAACUUUUGAAGGGGCUGUCAGAAUCCACAUGAUGAGUUGGAAGCUUCACAAGGACAAGGAGAUUUGAUGCUAAAGAAUCCAAAGAUCUUUCAACUGACAUAGCUGUUGAUUCUUUCAGUUUCUUUACGAGGAAUUAGUCUUUUGGUUCAUGUGGCUUCAUUAGUUUCUUGUUUGACUUGGUUAAAUUUAGGUGUCUUUCUUCUCAGUUUCAGUGAUUCUUUCUUUGAUGUCUUAUGUUUUGUUUGAAUCAAACAAAGAUCUCUCUUUGAACUGGAUUGGUUAAUGGUUCUUUGUUAAUGAGCCACCUUCUGUGACAAGCCCUGUCAAGGAUCGUUAACGACUGUUAAAUACUAUACUUGAUAUUUUGAUGCGUCUC